CCUUAGUAACUAAGAGAAACCCAAAGCAAAAGUUUCUCUGUUCUCAUGUCCUAAACUCCAAAACCCCGUAGCCAGGUCAAGCUAAAACCAAAAAUAAAUAUAAUAAUAAUUCAACUGCACUCUCACAAAUUCAUUUUGUUCAAUUCCUCGUGUUUGCGAUGAAUACGUCGCAGUUUAUGGAUAAGCAAAUAAUGGAUUUAACAUCCUCUCAGAUUGGUACUGGCCCCAACAAAGACAAAGACUUCAUCGAUCUAAUGAAAGAUCCGCAGCACGAGGAGGAAGAUCAUGAUUUGAAUAAUGGGAUUGGGAUUAAGAAAGAAGAGAUCGUACCCAGUUACGAUUUUCAGCCCAUUCGUGGAGGAUUGUCUCAAUCACUGAGUUUUGAUUCUGCGUCUACUUCUAGGGUUUGGAAUUCCGCUGAUAAUAAACCGAAAUCUCCUAUUCGAGAUUAUAGUUCUUUUGACUCAGUUGAGCCCGCAAAAUUCAUUCCGGAGAAGGACAGUAAUUCUUCAAAUGUCACUUUACUGUCAGAGAUUGAUCAAACAAUGAAAAAAUAUGUUGAUGAUAUGUUGCAUGUGUUACAGAGUGUCAGUGCACGGAUAACUCAGUUGGAGACUAGAACCUGCAACCUUGAGAAUUCUAUUGAUGAUUUGAAGGUAUCUGUCGGAAACAAUCAUGGAAGUACUGAUGGUAAAAUGAGGCUGAUGGAAAAUAUUCUGAGAGAGGUUCAAUCAGGGGUUCUGGUUUUGAAGGAUAAACAAGAAAUAGUGGAGGCUCAGCUGCAGCUUUCAAAGCUGAAAGUGUCAAAGGUAGAUCAGCAAAAAUCUGAAAGCCAGAGCUCUGGGCAUGUAGAUGCUGUGCAGCUAGCAACAUCUUCUCCUUUGCAAUCUCACCAACAAUCACCUCCCCCUCCUGUAAAUUUUCCACAGUCAGUUCCUCCUCUUCCUCCCACUGUUGUUCCUUCCCCACCUACUCCCCAACAGAAUCUGCAACCUCCAGUUCAACUCCCAAGUCAGUUCCCUCAGAGCCAUAUUCCUUCUAUUCAUCAGCGAGAAACUUAUCUUCCACCCCAUGGUCAAUUUCAAGACGCAGCAAAUCAACAAUACCAAGUUCCUUCAACUCAGCUGCAACACCCUCCUCCCGCAGCACCACCACAUCAACCAUAUCAACCUCCACCACAGCCACAGUACUCUCAGCCACCCCACCCACCUCAACUUCAAUCUUCAUCAGGCCACCUUCCUGAAGAGACAGCUUAUAAUCCUCCUCAGAACUAUGCACCAAACCUUGGCCCACGCCCUUCUCAGCCACCAAGUUCCCCUCCCUCCCAACAGUAUUAUGGAGCUCCUCCUUCCCAUAUGUAUGAACCUCCAUCCAGUAGAUCCAGUUCAGGGUUUCCUACAGGUUAUGGGCUACAAUCUGGGCCUAGUGAACCAUACCCAUAUGGUGGACCACCUUCUCAGUAUGGUAGUGGGUCCACAAUGAAACCACAACUCCAUACUGCCACACCACAGAGCGGUGGAAGUGGCUAUCCUCAGCUCCCUACUGCUCGUGUGUUACCACAGGCACUGCCUACUGCUUCUGGGGUUAGUGGUGGCUCAGCUUCUCCUGGAACUGGAAAUAGGGUUCCUGUGGAUGAUGUGAUUGACAGAUUGACGAGUAUGGGAUUCCCCAGGGACCAUGUUAGAGCAACAGUUCGCAACUUGACAGAGAACGGCCAGUCAGUUGAACUGAACAUAGUGCUGGAUAAGCUAAUGAAUGAUGGGGAAAUCCAACCUCAGAGAGGUUGGUUUGGUCGGUAGCAUGGUAUCUUCAGCUCAUACAAAUGUGUAGAGUUACUGCUUCUUUUUGGAUAAUUUGCUGAGAGGAACAGUUGUCUGGAAUUUGGGGUUCUCUCCCCUUUGGAUUCCUUGGUUGCUUUUGUUUUGAUUUAUUUGUUUGGUCGCGUUGUAGCUGUUUAUCUAACUUUUCAGACAUCGGUUUGUGACUGCCUUUCUUCAUUCCAUUUGUGUAUAUUAACAAUAAAUUGAAGUGCAUUAUUUUCAUUUAA